AUUGGUGAGUGUUAACUAUUACAUUUAAAAAAGUCAUUUGAAAAAGUCUCAAAAAUUUAUUUUUCAUAAGUAUUAUCAGACAUACAAAAAAAAAUAAAAAACAUUUGUAACCUUAAACAUAACUUUUUAUGAUUACAAUCAUGAAUACUACUAUUUUUAUUUGACGAUUUAGUUAUACGUAAUUUGUGAACCAGUAAAUGUUAAUAAAAAGUAUUAAUAAACUUUAUUACUGAAUUGAAAUAAGGUAUACAAAGAUAUUUCCAACUGAGAAAGUCUCAAGCAGUAGCAACGAAGAUAGACCUUAAUAGAAGCGCAAAGCCCCAUCUCAAAGUGACUUCAGAUUGCAUUGCUUCGUACUUCGUAUAGUAGUUCGUUCGAGUUCGGAGUUGAGAGCGUGCGAUUCGUCGGUUUUUUAACCUAUCGUACAGCUUCGUUCGGGUGUCCGUUACGAUUUGAAAAUUUGUAUACCUACAACGUGCUUGUGUAGUGGAGCUGUGGAGAAGAAAGUGGCGGAUAGACUGUUGAGUGAUGAAAACGUUGUGUGGCAUUUAAAAAGCGUUACUUGCUCCGUAUCUGUUAUUUUUUUGGAAUCGAAAAAUGAACUAGGAUCUCCUGCGUUGAUUUUUCUGUGUUGAAGUAUAAAUAACUGAGAAAGAUUCAGGAUAUUGCAUUAGGUUUCAGCUUGAGCUUAACUGAGCACUAUGAUGAAAGGCAGGGAAAAUAACUUACAGACAAGUCAUAAUCAUCUGAAAAGCAGCAAUCCUAAACAGUCUGUGUUAUCAGAAAUCCAAGCACAAGGCAAUCAGGAACAUCCGAUUAAACCUGUUUUCAAUGGCUCAAGUGCACUUGUCAAAAAAGAGCACAACUCUAGAGCGGAUAAUUUAAACGAUGCCAAAAAGUCUAAUGAACUUAUGCCACCUCCAAGAAUGCCAGUAGCAACAAAACCUACAGAGGCAAUUAAUGUUCAGAAGCCUGAAAUUAGUCAAGAAAAGAAAGAAACUGUAAAGCCCCAACAAACGAGGUCUGAAGACAAGAAUAAAAAGAAGCAAUGGGUCAUAACAGACUUUGAUAUUGGGCGACCUUUGGGAAAGGGAAAGUUUGGCAAUGUUUACUUAGCGAGAGAAAAGAGAUCAAAAUUUAUUGUUGCAAUGAAAGUAUUAUUUAAAGAUCAAAUUAUUAAAGCUGAUAUUGAACAUCAAGUACGCAGAGAAAUUGAAAUACAAACACAUUUAAGACAUCCAAAUAUCUUAAGAAUGUAUGGAUACUUCUAUGAUGACACAAGAGUUUACUUAAUUUUAGAAUAUGCACCAAAUGGUGAAUUAUUCAAAGAAUUGAACAAACAGCCAAACAAGCGUUUCGAUGAAAUAAGAGCUGCAACAUACAUUUCGCAAUUAGCUGAUGCCUUAAAGUACUGUCAUACAAGAAAAGUAAUACAUCGAGAUAUAAAACCUGAGAAUUUGCUACUUGGAGUGAAUGGUGAAUUAAAAAUGGCAGACUUUGGCUGGUCAGUUCAUGCUCCUUCUUCUCGAAGAGAAACCCUAUGUGGCACACUUGAUUAUUUACCUCCAGAAAUGGUAAAUGGUCAAACUCAUGAUCAUACCGUUGAUUUGUGGGGAGUUGGAGUUUUGACCUAUGAAUUUCUUGUUGGCCAACCACCAUUUUUAGCAGAUACAUAUAAUGAAACAUAUAAUAAAAUCAAAAAAGCUAGCUACAAAUGUCCAAGCUAUUUGAGUAGUGGAGCAAAGGACCUUAUUUCUAAGUUACUCGUUGUGAAACCAGAAGAUAGGCUGACUUUGGAUGGUAUUUUAAAUCAUCCUUGGAUUGUUAAAAAUCGUACGACGGAACCAACAAAGGACAGCUCAAAAAGAAGUUAAGCUAAAAUAAAACAUAACGAUAAUCUAUAAAUUAUUUUGAUUACAUGAUGUUGACAUCUAGAAAAUAGCACAUUAAAAGUAUUAAUUGUUUUAAAUUUGAACAUACUUCGAGUAAUUAGAAAUUUUACAAAAGAUGAAUGGUAUGCGGAACUAUAAAUUUUAUAAAAACGACUCGAGUAAUUUUGUUGUAUAUUGUAUACUAUUAAGUAGGAAAAAAUAAAUAUAAGAAUUUUGAUUGCUGGGA